CUGGAAACAACACGCGAACUGGCAGCAGUGUGUACAUGAGGAGGUUUAUAUGCUGCUACCGAGAACAGUCGUCAUGCACUUUGUCAGCGAUGCUUGAGUUUGUGGCUCUCGAGGCCUUUAUCUGCAGCUGGCCAGCAGUCGACACGCGCACUGCACCAGCGCUCACAUCUCCCACUGCUGCAGCACAGACUCUCACAGAGACACAGCAGAGAGACGUGGAGACACUUCACAGACCACCAAGCUGCUUCACCACAUGUCUAUAAUAAGCCCGAUCUUGCGCAUAAAAAGGGCCUGUGCCAAUAAACUCUGCUGUGCAUCUAAUAUCCAGCCAAGUGUCUCUUUCAGAUAGUCAAAGACAAGUAUAGAUUUAGAUGCAGCUCUGCGUGUUUCUCCGCUUCAGGAAAUCAGUGAGGAGGAAGCAGUCCAGAUCCAAGUACCUUCUGCCCUUCCACCAGAAUAAAGUAAAUAAAUCAGAAACUCUCACCAAACUGGUUCAGCUGGGUGUCACUGUCAACCUCUGGGAACUAGAACAGAGACCUAAUGUGGGUUCCAUGCUGGUUAGACUUGACUUUCAUGGCAAUGAUGCACCCAGACUUUUCUUCCUUAAAGAUUGGGGAGUUGAGGAGUCUAAACUGGGCCAACUGCUCACCAAAAACCCCUUCAUCCUCACAGAAAGCCUGGACAACCUUGAAGCCAGGGUGUCCUACUUAAAAUCAAAGAAGUUCAGUAAGCAGUCUGGCUUCAGUGUUGAGAGACUCGACAAACGGCGUGGAUUUUUCCAGAAGCAGUUGGGACUCAGUGCUGAGAAAACCAGAGAUGUUGUGAGACGCCAACCAAAACAACUAUGUGGCAGUUUAGAACCAAUUAAGGAGAAUCUAAAGGCUUGUGAACUGGAGUUUGGAUUUGGUGGAAACGAAAUUCAGCACAUUGUGACCACUGUUCCUAAAGUUCUAAUCGCUAAUAAAAGAAAACUUGCCCAAAUAUUUGACUUCGUUCACAACACCAUGGACGUUCCACACUCACUUAUUGUGAAGUUCCCACAGGUCCUUAAUGCCAAAUUCCUUCACAUCCGAGAGCGACACUUGUUUCUAGAGUACUUAGGCUGGGCCCAGUAUCAACCAUCUCAACCUAACUACACCACUUUGGAUCACUUGGUGUUCCUGCCUGAUGAUGUUUUCUGCUCAGAAGUAGCAUUGGCCACUCUUGAAGACUUUGAAAGAUUUCAGAAAACAUUGUAGAUGUACAGAAUAAAUAAUUUUUCAUAGUUUGGUUGUAUGAACACCGUUUUAUAAAUAAAAAGUUGAAUUGGA